UCCUAACACAUCUAGUAGUCCUAUAGGUUAAUUUUUGUUCCAAACCCCAAAUGGCAGCUCCGGGCACCGACGAAGCCGUUAGCUGCGUUACCAACGUCACACACCCACCAAUGGAAAACGAAGACGACGAAAACAUGCUCCAACAUCACGCACAACAAGACGAGGAUGACGACGAAGAAGAAGAAGAAGAUGAAGAAGUUUUGAGUUCUUCGGAUUCUGAAAUCGGUGAUGCGUUGGACUAUUUGGAUUCCAAGGAGGAAGAGGAGGGCUCCUUCUCCCUCAGUUCGUGGCGCCCCAACGCUCACGGCGGCCACCACCACCAUUCCUCCACUCUCCAACCUCUCUCCAACCGCAACCAAAAGUUCUCCCAUCACAUUCGAGCUUCGCCCUUGGAGGAGUGGGAAGGGAGGAUGAAUGUUGGCAUGUCUAACUCUGUUACCACGGCAAUUCGUGGAAGUGUUCGAGAUAUGGCCAUUGGGAAGACUAAAACUACUGAGAAAGCAGACCGAGCAACUGUUGAGCAGGCAAUUGAUCCUAGAACGCGCAUGGUUUUAUUCAAGAUGCUGAACAGAGGUGUCUUUCAUGAUAUCAAUGGAUGCAUUUCAACCGGAAAGGAAGCAAACGUUUAUCAUGCAACUAAAUCUGAUGGUCAAGAACUAGCAAUUAAAAUAUACAAAACAUCUGUUCUAGUAUUUAAGGAUAGAGAUAGAUAUGUGCAAGGAGACUUCCGGUUUAGAAAUGGAUACUGCAAACAUAAUCCCAGGAAAAUGGUUAAAACAUGGGCAGAGAAAGAAAUGAGGAACCUUAUGAGGCUUAAGGCAGCAGGAAUUAGGUGUCCUACACCUUAUCUUCUGAGGCUGCAUGUUCUGGUUAUGGAAUUUAUAGGAAAAUCUGGUUGGGCUGCUCCUCGUCUUAAAGAUGCAGCUUUAUCUUUGGACAAGUUACGGGAAGGCUAUGUUGAGAUUAUUAUUGCAAUGCGGACAUUGUAUCAGAAGUGCAAAUUGGUGCAUGGUGACCUCAGUGAAUAUAAUAUACUUUAUUAUGAGGGUCACUUAUAUAUUAUUGAUGUGUCUCAAGCUGUUGAUCCUGAACAUCCUCAUGCCCUUGAUUUUCUACGUGAAGAUUGUGUUCAUGUAUCUGAUUUCUUUAAAAAGCAUGGUGUAGCAGUCAUGACAAUAAGAGAAUUGUUUGAUUUUAUUGUCGAUGCAUCCAUUGCAGAUGAUGCUGUGGAUAGUUAUUUGGAAGAGAUGCAACAAAAAAUUUUGGCAAGAGGAGAUGUGUCGGUAGAGGAGGAGAUUGCGGACUCUGUAUUUGUGCAGUCUUUCAUUCCGAAGACACUAGAGGAUGUUAAGAAUGCUGAGGAGGAUGUACAACGGAUAACAAGCGGGAAGGACACAGGCGAUUUAUACUACCAGACGAUUACUGGACUUAAACAUGCUUUGUCAUUAACACAGCCUUCAAAUCAAAAAAGCCAACAAGAGCAGAAAUCAAGUCCCACAAAAGAUUCAUCCGUCAUUUCAGAUGAUAAAUCUAGGCUCUUAGAGGGUGAUGGUGAGUGUGAAUCUGAUGAUGAUGAAAGUGAUUCUGAAGAGGAUUCAUUCUCUGAAAGUGAAGCAGAGGAUCCUGCGGAUAAAAAAGCUGCUAGAAAAGAGGCUAGGAAAGAGAAUAAGAAGAAGGUGAAGGAAGAGAAGAGGGAAGCACGUAAAAGUAAAGUCCCUAAGGCUGUUAAGAAAAGAAAGCAAAAGCUAGCUAAAGCACGCAAGACCAGAUAGAUGGUAGUUACUAGUUAGUUAUAUGUGUAAUGUGGUUGAGUGUUGAGUUUCUUUAGCAUGUUGGAUUUUAGAUACAACCUAAUACACCAGAUAUUGAAAGAAAGCAAUUUUGACUUGUGUAAUGUGUUCAUUACAUGUUUUUAUGUUACGUUGAAUGGAAGAGGAAUUAACUUUAA